CUCACAUAAUUUAGCAAUGGAUUCUACAAUGGUUCUUAUUCUAACCACCAUUUUAAGCCUCAUUUCAGCCAAUGCUGCUGAACUCGAAACCUACAUUGUUCAUUUAGACUCAUCCAAGGGUCAACACUUUAUUCAAAAACAAGAUCGUCAAAACUGGUACGAGUCGUUUUUACCGCGAACCACUAGCAGUGCAAAUGAGAAACCAGCUGCUAUGGUGUUUGCAUAUCAUAACGUGCUAAACGGGUUUGCAGCGAAACUAUCCACGAAGCAUGUGAAGGUGAUGGAAAAGAUGGAGGGGUUCUUAUUUGCAAGGCCUGAAAGAAUGUACACGAAGCACACGACUCAUACUCCCAACUUCUUGGGGCUGCAUCAGAGUUUAGGAUUCUGGAGCGGUUCGAACUUUGGAAAGGGGGUCAUAAUCGGGGUUCUAGACACUGGAACGACUCCAGGUCAUCCUUCUUUUAAUGACAAUGGAGUCCCUCCACCACCGGCGAAGUGGAAAGGGAAAUGUGAAAUUGAAGGGUGCAACAAUAAACUGAUUGGGUUGCGGGAUCUUACAACGGGUGAAAAUGGUACGCGAUUUGAUGAAGAUGGGCAUGGUACACAUACUUCGAGCACUGCGGCUGGGAAUUUUGUUGGUGAUACGAGUGUAUUUGGAAACGCGAAAGGGACUGCGGUUGGGAUGGCGCCACUUGCGCAUGUGGCUAUGUAUAAAGUGUGUACGGUGUUGGGUUGUCCAGAGAGUGCGAUCAUAGCCGGAAUGGAUGCAUCAGUUGAAGAUGGUGUAGACGUGCUUUCAAUAUCGCUAGGUGGAGAUUCUGUUCCAUUGUAUGAUAAUAGUAUCGCGGUGGGUGCAUUUACCGCUAUACAAAAAGGUAUAUUUGUUGCUUGUUCUGCUGGAAAUUCCGGUCCUUUUAACUCUACGAUGGAGAACGAGUCUCCAUGGAUUCUUACAGUAGGGGCUAGUACGAUUGAUAGGAAAAUAGUUGCAUCUGUUUCUCUUGGAAACAAGGAAGUGUUCGAUGGGGAAUCUUUGUUCCAACCUAAAGAUUUCCCUCAAACAUAUCUCCCUUUGGUGUACCCGGGGUCGAAUGGUGAUCAAAAUGCAUCGUUAUGCGUAGAAGGAUCAUUGGACCAUGUCGACGUGAAAGGGAAGGUGGUAGCGUGUGAUAGAGGUGUUAUAGGGAGACUUGACAAGGGGGAAACGGUAAAGAAUGCGGGAGGUGUUGCGAUGAUUCUACUUAACCAAGCCUCAGAUGGUGAUACUACAAUUGCGGAUGCUCAUGUUCUUCCGGCGUCAAAUGUUGGUUACAAAGAAGGAGUCGCGAUCAAGACAUACAUUAGUUCAACCGCGUCCCCUACAGCCACUUUGUUAUUCCGCGGGACUGUAAUUGGAGAAAACUCAGCUCCUGCAGUGGCUUCUUUCUCGUCUAGGGGGCCAAACUUGGCAAGCCCUGGAAUCUUGAAGCCGGAUAUUAUUGGACCGGGGGUUAGUGUGCUAGCAGCAUGGCCUGUUUCUGUUGAGAACAACACACAAACAAGCUCCACGUUUAAUAUGAUGUCCGGUACUUCAAUGUCAUGCCCUCAUUUGGCGGGCAUAGCAGCAUUAUUGAAAGCUUCUCACCCUGAUUGGUCACCUGCGGCUCUCAAAUCCGCAAUCAUGACAUCAGCCGAUCAAGUUAGCUUAAACGGUAAACCUAUUGAAGAUGGAAGAGAGCUCCGCGCAGACAUAUUUGCCAUAGGUUCGGGCCAUGUAAAUCCAUCAAAAGCUAAUGAUCCAGGGCUAGUUUUUGACAUUGAUCCAGAUGAUUACAUUCCUUAUUUGUGCGGGCUCGGCUACACAAGCCAACAAGUUGGAAUCAUUGUAACGAAAGCGGUUUCAUGCUCGAACACCAUACCUGAAGGACAACUUAACUAUCCUUCCUAUGCGAUGACAUUAUCAAGUGGCGAAAACAAAACAUACUCAAGGACAGUAACAAACGUCGGUGAGGCUAAUUCUACUUACACCAUAUCGAUGCCAGAUGUAGUUGUUCCAAAUGGUACUGUUCUUGUCGUUCACAAUCCUACUUUGAAAUUCACCGGAGUGAACCAAAAGGUAACAUAUGAACUAACGUUUAGACGUUCGAGUAGUGAGGAAAUUAAUGUUCCUUACGGUGAAGGAGCGAUAGCUUGGCGUGCAGGGAAAUACUUGGUUAGAACCCCUUUUGUUAUCAAGUUUGUGUAAGAGACAAUGAUGAUCUAGCUAUCUUUGUAAAACCGUUGUAUUUCCUACACACGUUUCAACCGUUGUAUUUCCUACACACGUUUCAUAGAAUGAGCAAAUGAAGGAAUUAAAGUUGGAGUUCUUAAAUCA